GGGGGCCCCGGCGUGGACCGGGGUGGGGGCCGGGGCUGCCAGCCUGGCCCUGGCCUGUCAAGCGGCUCAUUGUUCCUGUCCCGGGUGCCACUGGGCGCCGCCGGGGACAAUGUGGCACUGAGCGGGGUGGCCGGCGGCGGAGGGACGAGGCGCACGGAAAGGAUCUUUUGUCCCCGCUGCUGUUCAUCCCGGCGGUUCGGGGGACACCGGAGGCUGCCCGCCUCUGCGGGCACCACGCUAGGCUGCGGGGAGGCAGAUUACAGGGGCGUACACCCCCCAACACACCCCAUCUCAGCCUCCCUUCCAUCGGGAACAGGAAUAUUCCCCUUUCCCAGCCAUUUCCCAGCUGCCGGUAAAGGGGGGAUAUAGAUGCAGCAUCCAAACCACCUCGGGGGGUGCAAACCGUGGCACUUCAGGGGUGCGGAGUGACCAACCUGCCCCCCGCCCCCAUCACCCUGAUGCAGGAGAUGUGCCGUAGCGGCGGCGAGUCCUGCCAGCACCUAAAAUAACCGCCCUCCCCCCCCCGCGCCGUGCCCGCAGACACGGCCCCAGCCCCAACAUGGGUGCUUUGUUUCCAAGCCGCUUGGCAUCGCCUGGCCCGCCGGGAGCCAGCGGUGCCGCAGCCGCCCACCCCUGCCCGAACACACGGCAAUUGUCCUCUGGGCCAGCACCCGGGGCCGCGGCCACCCCCGGGCACAGGGCACAGGGGCCGGGGGUGGCCAUGGGGUGCUCGGGGGGGGGACAGGGUGCAGCGGCAUCAUGUGUUGGCAUCACACCGUUCAGGCACUGGGUUCAGGGUCCCCAUCAGGGAGGUUGCCUCAGUUUCCCCUGGGGCUUUACGCAUGGGAAGGAGAAGGGAGGAGGAGGAAGAGGAAGGCUUGCAUGGCCCGUGAGAUGACCCAGGCCACCUCUGCUCCCCCUGCCCUGUGUGCCACCACCCCAGCAAGCAUCUGCAAACCGAACCCCACCCCACAGCAUCCCCCUUCUCUCCCAUUAUCCAUCCAGCUCCUGGCUUCCUGCAGGCGCAGUGGCAGCUCCAGCCCAGGCCGUGUGUGGGCCAGGUUGAAGGCAGCUGCCCGCAGGCUCAGGCAGACACACAGCAGUGAGUCCCUUUUGGGGAGCUCCCAAAAGGUGUGCGGGGUGCCAAUGGGGUACCAUGGGGCCAUGCAAGCCUCCCCUGCUGGAGGAGGGCACAGCACUGCCCUGCCUCAGUUUCCCUGCUUCCCAGCCUUGGAUGCUUUUCAGGCUGCAGAUUUAGGGGAGGGGUAGCUGGGGCCUGCCCCCUUUCUGGAGACCGCCGUGUCCUGCAGGCUCAGCUCGCCCUCCCGCCAUGGCAUCGCCAGAUGGAGCCAGCAGCCUUGGUGGUAGCCCCGAGGAGACAGAGCUCAGCAUCACCCUGACCCUCCGCAUGCUCAUGCAUGGCAAGGAGAUCGGCAGCAUCAUCGGCAAGAAAGGAGAGACUGUUAAGAGGAUACGAGAGCAGCGCGCGCAUCACCAUCUCAGAGGGGUCCUGCCCCGAGCGCAUCACCACCAUCACCGGCUCCACCGACGCUGUCUUCCGUGCCGUCUCCAUGAUCGCCUUCAAGCUGGAGGAGGACCUGGGAGCAGGGAGCGACGGGGCCACAGCAGGCAGAGCACCGGUGACGCUGCGCCUGGUCAUCCCAGCCAGUCAGUGUGGCUCGCUCAUCGGCAAGGCAGGAGCCAAGAUCCGGGAGAUCCGGGAGAGCUCAGGGGCACAGGUGCAGGUGGCUGGUGACCUGCUGCCCAACUCCACCGAACGGGCCGUCACCGUCUCGGGGGUGCCGGACACCAUCAUCCAGUGCGUGAGGCAGAUCUGCACCGUCAUCCUGGAGUCACCUCCGAAGGGGGCCACCAUCCCCUACCACCCUGGCCUCUCCCUGGGCACCAUCCUGUUCUCUGCCAACCAGGGCUUCCCCAUGCAGGGCCAGUACAGUGGGGUCUCUCCUGCAGAGGUGACGAAACUGCAGCAGUUCUCAGGGCACUCGCUUCCCUUUGCCUCCCUGGGCCACGCACCCCCCAUGGUGCCAGGCCUGGACACCAGCUCCCAGAGCAGUUCCCAGGAGUUCCUCAUACCCAAUGACCUCAUCGGCUGCAUCAUCGGCCGGCAUGGCAGCAAGAUCAGCGAGAUCCGGCAGAUGUCAGGUGCCCACAUCAAGAUCGGGAACCAGACUGAGGGCUCCGGCGAGCGGCACAUCACCAUCACAGGGUCCCCCGUCAGCAUCACCCUGGCUCAGUACCUCAUCACAACCUGCUUAGAGACGGCCAAAUCUACCUCCCAGGUGCCGCCAGGCCCUGGCUCCAUGGACCUUGGCGUGGGCUUCAACCAGCCCCUCACCCCGGGCUCUGGUGCAGCGCUGCCCACCAUUGCCCCGACCCCCCCAGCCCUGCUGGGCACCCCCUACACCAUCUCCCUCUCCAACUUCAUCGGCCUGAAGCCAGUGUCCUUCCUGGCGCUGUCCCCAUCCUCUGUGGCGGGUCCCAACAGCGGCACCACCACCUAUACGACCAAGAUCUCGGCAGCCAAUGGCACCAAGAAAGCUGACCGGCAGAAGUUCUCACCCUACUGAGCCCUGCCGGCGGGUGGGCGAGGGGGGCCGGGGUGCCACCCGGUGCCAGGGACACCCCCUGAUGCCCACCCCGUCCUCAGCCCCUGCCAGGUGUCCCAUGCCCAGGGUGGAGCCCUUUUCCCCCUCUCCCGGGGAAGGGUCUUCCUGGCAGAUGGCCACUGAGGAAAGGGUGGCUCUGCUGCCUGCUGCCCAUCCCGGUAGCGCUGUGUUCCCCUCCCCAGUUCUCCUGCACGGGGACCAUGUGCCCUGGUACUUGGGGGGGGGGGGGGGCUGUCCCUGCUGGCCUGGGGUCCCUUCUCCCAGUGCCCUGUGCCAGGGUGGGACCCCCACCACCUGCCCCUCGCCCUGCCCACCCUGCUGUCCUGCUCCUGCCCACCCUCUGGCUGGCACCCAAAUGCUGGGUCCCAUCAGAUGAGGGGCUGACUGGCCCCUCUGUGGGUCCUCUUUCCCCUGGCUCUGGUGGGGGGGCCACCCCGGGGCAAUCGCCUCUCAACAACCCCAUCCAAGAGCCAGUCCCUUCUGGCUUGGAAAUUCUGUAUAUAUAAGUCUAUAUUUUUUCCUCCUUUGUAACUUAUAAACGAUUUAAUAAAAAGAUAAAAUUUACAAGAAAACAAA